UUUAUCUUCACUGAUAUUUGAUUAAUUUCUCUACUUAUGGAGUUCUCCUCCUCUUCUCUCCUCUUCGCUUUUCUUCUCUUUCUGUACAUGCUGUACAAGAUAGGGAAGAGAUCCAAAGCCAACAUCUCAACUCAAAAGCUGCCCCCAGGGCCAUGGAAACUGCCUCUAAUUGGAAACGUGCAUCAGCUUGUUGGCUCACUUCCUCACCGCUCCCUAACUCUCUUGGCCAAGAAGUAUGGGCCUCUCAUGCGGCUACAACUAGGUGAAGUUUCCACACUGAUUGUUUCAUCACCAGAGAUGGCCAAACAAGUUAUGAAAACCCAUGAUACCAAUUUUGCUCAAAGGCCCAUUCUUCUUGCUACCAGGAUUUUAUCUUAUGAUUGUAGCGGCGUUGCUUUUGCUCCAUAUGGUGACUAUUGGAGACAACUUCGUAAAAUUUGUGUGGUUGAGCUUCUAACUGCUAAGCGUGUUAAAUCCUUCCAAUCGGUUAGGGAAGAGGAGAUUUCAAAUCUCAUUACGAUGGUCACAUCUUGUUCAAGAUUGCAAAUCAAUUUUACAGAGAAAAUUUCCUCUUUGACAUUUUCCAUUAUAGCAAGAGCUGCCUUUGGUAAAAAAAGCGAAGACCAAGAUGCAUUCUUAUCAGUUAUGAAGGAACUCGUGGAGACGGCUUCUGGUUUCUGUGUUGCUGAUAUGUAUCCUUCUGUCAAAUGGCUUGACCUGAUCAGUGGAAUGAGAUACAAAAUUGACAAGGUAUUUCGGAUGACUGAUAGGAUUCUCCAAAACAUCGUUGAUGAGCAUAGAGAGAAAUUGAAAACACAAUCAGGCAAGCUAGAAGGGGAGGCAGAUCUAGUUGAUGUUCUUUUAAAACUUCAACAGAAUGACGAUCUUCAAUUUCCCUUAACUGACAACAACAUCAAAGCAGUCAUACUGGACAUUUUCGGUGGUGCAGGCGAGUCAACAUCCACUUCUGUAGAGUGGGCAAUGUCGGAAAUGCUGAAAGCCCCAAUAGUGAUUGAGAAGGCACAGGCUGAAGUAAGGUCGGUGUUUGAUGGAAAAGGGCAUGUGGAUGAAACUGCCAUUGAUGAAUUAAAAUUCCUAAAAGCAGUAGUGAACGAAACCUUGAGGCUACACCCUCCUUUUCCUCUACUACUUCCAAGGGAAUGUAGGGAGAUGUGUAAGAUUAAUGGAUAUGAGAUACCCGAGAAGACUAGAAUCAUUGUUAAUGCAUGGGCAAUUGGCCGAGAUUCUGAUUAUUGGGUUGAAGCUGAGAGAUUUUACCCAGAGAGAUUCCUGGAUAGUUCAAUCGAUUACAAGGGUACUGAUUUUGGAUAUAUUCCAUUUGGUGCUGGAAGAAGGAUAUGUCCAGGCAUACUGUUUGCUAUGCCUGGUAUUGAGCUGCCACUGGCAAAUUUGCUGUACCAUUUUGACUGGAAACUCCCGAAUGGAAUGAAGGCAGAGGAUCUAGACAUGACAGAAGCAUUCGGCCUAGCAGUUCGCAGAAAACAAGAUCUGCACUUAAUUCCCAUUCCUUAUAAUCCAUCGCAUGCUGAUUGAUGGGUGUUUUGUAUUUGGAUCAAUGCAAAC